AUGGCUUCUUCUUCUUCUUUGAAGGUUGGUUAUGGCAGCAGAAACAGCACCACCAGACUGAGACUCAAACUCAGAGAUAUGAUGCCUUGUCUUGUUCAAUCUUCUUCUGUUGUUGUUUUCUUCAACAAUUACUUGGCUUUGUUUCACUCUCGGGCUUGUACAUCGACCGAAUCUAGAAACACCAAACAGGACCAGCUUGUGAAAAUCACUAAUCUCGAGGAUGCUCUCAAGGUGUUUGACGAAAUGCUUCGAAGGCGUCCUCUGCCUUCCGUUGUCCCCUUCACCCAAAUCUUGACUCAACUUGCCAAGAUGAAACAUUACUUGACGGUAAUCUCGUUGAAUAAGAAAAUGGGUGUUUCGGGAAUUCGUCCUGAUGUUUAUACUCUAAAUAUUAUCAUUAACUGCUUUUGCCAUUUACACCAAAUGGGGUUUGGUUUGUCAAUCUUGGGAAUCUUCUUCAAGUUGGGUUUUGAACCAAAUGUCGCAACCUACACCACUCUAAUCAGCGGCUUUAUUCUCCAGGAUAGAGUCGCUGAGGCACAGAACCUCUUCUCAGAAAUGACGAGUAAGGGUAUUGCAUCAGAUGUCAUGACCUAUACCUCUUUGAUUCAUGGAGUUUGCAAAUUACAGGAUUGGAAAGAAGCUACAAGAUUGUUGAAUGAAAUGGUGAGUAAACAUAUCUUUCCAAAUGUGUACACCUUUACUGUCUUGGUUGAUACAUUUUGUAAAGAGGGAAUGGUCCAAGAAGCAAGGAGCGUGGUCGAAAUGAUGAUUAAAAGAGGUAUCGAACCUAAUACAAUUACUUACAAUUCGUUUAUGGAUGGGUAUUGUUUGCGAGGAGAAAUGGAUGAGGCGAAAAAGGUUUUUGACGUAAUGCUUAGCAAAGGGUGCAUGGAUGAUACUCAUAGUUAUAACAUAUUGAUAAAUGGCUAUUGCAAGCUUAAAAGGAUAGAUGAUGCUCGGAUGGUUUUUCGAGAAAUGUCUCAUAGGGGAGUGGUUCCAAAUACUAUUACUUAUAACACUCUUAUUGAUGGGUUUUGCAAGAUGGGAAGAAUACAAGAUGCACAUAACUUUUUCUCUCAAAUGCAAGUUUUAGGCCAACUUCCAGAUAUUCAAACGUUUAAUAUUUUACUGGAUGGCCUCUGUAAAAACCAACAAUUUCCCAAGGCAGUUGAAUUGUUGGAAGAGAUGGAGGGAAAGAAGGGAAAGAAGUUGGAUUUUGAUAUUGUAACUUACAAUAUUCUUAUUCAAGGUUUGUGCAGAGCUGAAAAAGUUGAAUAUGCAUGGGAUCUCUUUCGUAGUUUGUCAUCAAAAGGAAUUCAACCUGAUGUCUGGUCAUAUAAUAUAAUGAUUAGUGGAUUUUGUAAUGGGCGGCUAACAUGUGAAGCAGAAAACUUGCUAAGGGAAAUGGAAGAGAGCGGCUGUUCUCCAGAUGAUUGCACGUACAACACAAUUAUCCGAGGGUUUUUCAAUAACAAUGAGACAUCAAGGGCAGUGAGGAUUAUCCAAGAAAUGGUGGAGAGGGGUUUUUCUGCAGAUGCUUUAACUACGGAGUUGAUAGUUAAUUUAUUGUCUAAAAAUAAAAUUGAUCCCGCUUUGUUGGCAUUUAUAGAAAGUCCGUGA